AUGUCCACCACACCAACAACGGGCCAUUCAUUGUUCGCAGCAGGUGUGGUGAUUGAAGUGAUGCUGCAUCGCGUGCUGCUGCGCCCCUACGCACCGAAAGUCGCGACCGCUGUCCGUUCCGCGCGCCUGCUACUUGCCAGAGCGUGCUCCUCUUCUGCGCUGCCAGAUGGAUGGGAGGCCAUCACACGCAGAAACGGAGAUGUGGUGUACUUCAACAAAGAACUGCGCAAGACUGUUCGUCAUCUGCCUGGUGUACGCUCGCAGAAUUCAGAUGAAGCAAAGCCCGGAUCCAGAGAGGAGAAGAGCGAAGAGCCACGUACGGCCACGGUGCCGCACCAUGAGAGCACAGGGAACGAACUCUAUAUCCCGAUUGAUUUCGAUGCGGCCAUGUCCAUCGAAGGUCAUGACUCGCAAGUGGUGCACAUUGAGCUCGAGCCCGAGCAAUGUCUUCGCGCGGAAACAGGUGCCAUGAUAUACAUGACCGAUGGUGUGAGUAUGGAGACGACUACUGCUGGAGGUCUGGGUGAAGGCGUGAAGCGAUUGAUGACUGGAGAAAACUUCUUCGUCUCUCGAUUUACAUACCAUGGCAGUGAAAAAGGCAAGGUAGCUCUCGGCACCAGUUUCCCUAGUAAGAUUGUGCAUCUACGCCUGAGUGACUUCCUUGGCGGGUCCAUCAUCUGCCAAAAAGGGGCAUUUCUGUGUGGCUCCGACACGGUCAACAUUGAAAUGGAGUUUACCAAGAAGUUUGGUGUCGGCUUUUUUGGCGGAGAAGGGUUUGUUUUGCAGAGGCUUACAGGUAACGGCGAUGUGCUUGUCCGCGCCUCAGGGACUUUGAUCACGCGCGAUCUGCAGCCUGGUGAAGUGCUCCGUAUUUCAAGUGGCUGUCUUGUCGCGUUCGAGCCCAGCGUGCACUACGAUAUCACAAUGAUGAAAGGAGCGAAGAAUGUACUGUUCGGCGGCGAAGGGUUGUUUGUGACGACCCUCACUGGGCCCGGUAAGAUCUAUUUGCAGAGUUUGCCAUUCGAACGUGUGGUUGGGGCAAUGGCAGCUCGAAUUCCUCGCAAUGGGCCAGGCGGCAUGAUGUUCCCGUUUAUGAUGGGCGGCGGCGGCGGCGACGGCGAUCAAGGCGCCAACGCAGGUGCAGCCGACGAGGCUGCUGGUGCAGAACCUGUUGUCGAUCGUGAAGAGAGUGUCGGUUCGGGAGAUACACGAGAUGAUUGGGACGCGAACGACAGCGAUAUUUACGGUGGUGGCGGGGACAGUGACUUGGGCAAUGACGGCACUUUCGACGACCUCGUUGAUGGCGGUUCCGAGGAGUCAAGCGGCGGUGGUAUCAUGGGAUUCUUCGACAGCCUGUUUGGCAACGACAAAGACUAG